AUGGACGUAGCGAACGACCAGGACGGCGUCGAGCUGAAACAGCGAAAUUCCACAGUCCAUGACCUUGCACACCAAGGCACGCAUUACUCGACCGUUAAUGUCGACGGCCCUGCAGCUAUUUUCGGGAGCACCGAUCCAAGUUCUCCUCUCAACCCGCGUGGCGACAACUUCAAUGCGCGCACUUGGGCCAAAACCCUUGCCAAAGUCACGACCGAGAGCGGCCAGGGUUUUCGUCAGGUCGGCCUAUGUUUCCAAAACUUGAAUGUCUUCGGGUACGGCACACCGACCGACUUCCAGAAGGAUGUCGGCAACAUCUGGCUUGCUCUGCCAGACAUGGCGCGUCGCUUUUUCUCCCGGACGGCCGGCCAGACGCGAAUCAACAUUUUGCGCCAUUUCGAUGGGCUCAUCCACCCUGGCGAGAUGUGUGUGGUCUUGGGUCCACCUGGCUCCGGGUGUUCGACGUUCCUCAAGACCAUCUCCGGAGAGACGAACGGCAUAUACAUCAACGAGGAUGCCUACUUCAACUACCAGGGCAUCUCAGCCGGCGAGAUGCACACUGCACAUCGGGGUGACACCAUCUACACUGCCGAGGUCGACGUUCACUUCCCUCAGUUGUCAGUUGGCGAGACAUUGACCUUUGCAGCGCGCGCAAGCUGCCAGAGGGAACUGCCGUCGGGUAUCAGUCGCAACCAGUACUGCGAGCACCUACGAGACGUCGUCAUGGCCAUGUAUGGUAUCGGUCAUACCAUCGACACCAAGGUGGGAAACGAGUUCACAAGGGGAGUUUCGGGGGGUGAACGCAAGCGCGUAACCAUUGCGGAGGCAACGCUUGCAAACGCACCAUUUCAGUGUUGGGACAAUUCAACCCGCGGUCUCGACUCCGCCAACGCAAUCGAGUUCUGCAAGACUCUACGGCUGCAGUCUCAGAUCUUCGGCCAAACUUGCGCCGUAUCCAUCUACCAGGCGCCCCAGAGCGCAUAUGACCUGUUCGAUAAGGCCUUGGUCAUCUACGAAGGGCAACAGAUCUACUUUGGCCCGGCAUCCAAGGCCAAGGAGUACUUCACCAACCUGGGAUUUGACUGUCCGCCGCGUCAGACAACGCCUGACUUCCUCACUUCUAUGACCUCACCAGUAGAGCGCUUUCCCCGGCCCGGCUCCAACCCCCCGCGUACUCCCGACGAGUUUGCAGCCAUUUGGAAAAGCAGCCCUGAAUACAAGGCACUGCAGGCUGAGAUCGACGAGUACAAGAUACAACAUCCGCUUGGUGGCCCCGAUGCCGCGGCCUUCCGACAGCUCAAGAAGUCGCGUCAAGCCAAGGGACAGCGCCUCAACUCGCCAUACACACUUACGUAUUCCCAGCAGGUCCAGCUUUGUCUUUGGCGCGGGAUCAGACAACUCAUUGCGGAUCCUUGGCUGUCCGUCUCUAUGGUGAUUGCGAAUGCGUGCUUCGCCCUCAUCGUAUCGUCCUUGUUCUACAACCUGGAUACGAGUACGAGCUCCUUUUUCAGCCGAGGUUGCGUUCUCUUCGUGGCGAUCCUGUUCAAUGCUUUUGCUUCGGCUCUCGAAAUUACGACGCUCUAUGACCAGCGGCCCAUCGUGGAGAAACAAUCCCGAUACGCCUUUUAUCACCCGUCAGCCGAGGCAUUUGCAUCCGUCCUAGUGGAUCUACCAUACAAGAUCGUCAACACUAUUAUCUUCAACUUGGUCUUUUACUUUAUGACCAACUUGAACCGCGAGCCAGGUGCCUUCUUCUUCUAUCUCCUUGUGGUCUUUCUUAUCACGAUGGCUAUGUCAGGGGUCUUCAGAUCUAUUGCCUCACUAUCGCGGACUUUAUACCAGGCCAUGAUCCCAUCUACGAUCCUAAUGCUUGCCUUGCUCAUCUUCACUGGCUUUGUCAUUCCGGUUGACUACAUGCUUGGAUGGUGCCGUUGGAUAAACCAUCUGAACCCGGUGGCCUAUGGCUUCGAGUCGCUCAUGGUCAACGAAUUCCACAACCGCAAUUUUGAGUGCUCUGCCUACGUCCCCGACUAUGCAGAUGCCAGUGCAGACAAUGUGGCUUGCAACGCUGUUGGAGCCCUUCCCGGACAGCCCUAUGUAAAUGGGGAUGACUUCAUCAACACGGCAUACAGUUACUACCACGGUCACGAAUGGCGCAACGUCGGUAUCAUAAUCGCGAUGGCAAUUUUCAAUCACUUUGUGUAUUUCAUUGCCACCGAAUACAUCACGGCCAAAAAGUCCAAGGGCGAAGUCCUCGUUUUCCGCCGCGGUUUUGUUCCGCACCCUUCCACCAACCGAGGCGACGAUGUCGAGAAGCUGCUCUCCGGUCCCGUACCGGUUGUGCAGAGACCUGACGGGUACACUUCCAGCACCGAGGGAGCCAUCCAGGUCUCUACAAGUGUGUUCCACUGGAACAAGGUGUGCUAUGAUAUCAAGAUCAAGGGCAACACUCGGCGCAUCCUAGACAAUAUCGAUGGCUGGGUCAAGCCUGGCACCCUCACGGCGUUGAUGGGCGUUUCAGGCGCGGGCAAGACGAGCCUGCUUGAUUGCUUGGCUGACCGCGUGGGCAUGGGUGUGAUUACGGGUGAGAUGUUGGUCGAUGGAAAGAUUCGUCAUCAGAGCUUUCAGCGGAAUACCGGCUAUGUUCAGCAGCAAGACCUUCAUCUUGAGACCAGUACCGUCCGAGAGGCUUUGGAGUUCUCGGCUCUUCUCCGUCAGCCAGCCAGUACGCCAAGAGCUGAAAAGUUGGCCUAUGUAGACGAGGUCGUCAAGUUGCUAGACCUAGAAGAGUAUGCCGAUGCUGUUAUCGGUGUGCUCGGCGAAGGUCUCAACAUUGAGCAACGCAAACGCUUGACAAUCGGCGUCGAACUAGCAGCCAAGCCACCGCUCCUGCUCUUUGUCGACGAGCCCACAUCAGGCCUUGACUCCCAAACUAGUUGGGCCAUCUUAGACUUGUUGGAGAAGCUCUCCAAGGCCGGUCAAUCUAUUCUCUGCACCAUCCAUCAACCCUCUGCGAUCCUGUUCGAACGAUUUGAUCGCCUACUAUUUCUCUCCAAGGAAGGCCAUUCGGUGUAUUUUGGUGACAUUGGAAAGAACUCCAAGAUCAUUACGAACUACUUCGAGCGCAAUGGGGCGCCGGCUUGUCCGUCUGGUGCCAACCCUGCCGAGUGGAUGUUCAAGGCCAUUGGAGAUGCUCCCGGCAGCGUAUCCGAGGUCGACUGGGACAAAGUGUGGUAUUCCAGUCCAGAGUACCUAUCCAUUCAGAACGAGUUGGCUCGUCUCAAAGCACUAGGCUCAGGUCAGUCCCUCUCGGACGAAACAGACGACACCGCCUCAUACCGUGAAUUCGCUACACCACUCUGGGAGCAAUUUCUUGUCGUUACAAAGAGAGUGUUUCAGCAGCACUGGCGAACACCCUCGUAUAUUUACUCGAAAUUCAUCCUUUGUAUUUCUAUCAGUUUGUUCAUCGGUCUGGUCUUCCUCAACGCACCUCUUACCGUCCAGGGUCUUCAAAACCAGAUGUUUGCCAUCUUCGAAUUUUGCACCAUCUUUGGGCAGCUAGCGCAGCAGCAAAUGCCUCAUUUCGUUACACAGCGUUCCUUAUAUGAGGUCCGCGAACGGCCUUCUAAGACAUACUCUUGGAAAAUCUUCAUGCUUAGCCAGAUUCUCGCCGAGAUCCCCUGGAGCACCCUCGCCUCAGUUUUCAUGUGGGCGUUGAUCUACUACCCUGUUGGUUUCUAUAAAAACGCAAAUGCCGAUCCAUCUGGAGACGGAACGGAGAGAGGCUUUUUAAUGUGGCUUCUUUUCUGGCAAUUUCUUCUCUUCACUUGCACCUUGGCACAUGCCUGUAUUUCCUUUGCCGAUUCAGCGGAGGCGGGGAGCAGUUUCUCUAACUUGCUCUUCAUGUUGACAUUCUUCUUCUGUGGUGUGUUGGCUUCGCCGAAUUCGAUGCCUGGCUUUUGGAUCUUCCUGUAUCGGGUCUCGCCAUUGUCAUACUGGAUCUCAGCGGUCCUCUCCACCGGGUUAGCUAACGUCGAGGUGACAUGUGCAAGCAAUGAAUACACCAACGUCAGUCCACCGGUAGGCCAGCGAUGCGGCCAAUACAUGGCUGACUACGUCUCGAGGGUGGGUGGCUAUCUGCUAAACCCAGAGGCAACGAGCGAGUGCAGUUACUGCAGGAUGAAGGAUACAAACGUAUUCUUGUCGGGUAUCAGCUCCGAAUACAGUACCAGAUGGCGCGAUUUCGGCUUCAUGUGGGUAUACAUUGUCUUCAACAUCGUCGCAGCGUUAGCUCUGUACUACCUGGUUCGCAUGCCAAAGGGCAAGAAGAAGCUGUGAGUGGAUCGUCGAUCAUUGGAGGGCGGGAUAAGUGAAGAGGGAGGGGUGAUGGAG